AUGUCAGAACCGACCAAAGCUCAAAUUGACGAAAUCUUCAAGAAACUUACCUCUCAGCGAGCAAACAAGAUGUGUUUCGACUGUAAGGCCAAAAAUCCUUCGUGGUCAAGCGUUACUUUUGGCAUAUACCUCUGUCUCGACUGUUCCUCUACCCACAGAAAUCUUGGUGUUCACAUCAGUUUCGUCAGAUCGAUCGCUCUGGAUUCAUGGACGUGGGAUCAACUACGAAUCAUGAAAGUGGGCGGCAAUGCUGCAGCGUUGGACUAUUUCUCAAAGCAUGCUGGUUCUGUUUCAUUGAACAAUAAAGAUAUAAAAUCAAAAUAUACAUCUCGUGUUGCCCUGAAAUAUAAAGACGAACUCAUCAAACGAGCCAAUGAAGAUGCUAAUAGAAAUCCAAAUCUCGAAAUUGUCGAACACGCUGAAGAACAACCAGCAUCUUCGGUAUCCGGUAAAAGUGACGAAUUUGUUGAAGAAACGGUUCAAAAGUCCCAACCAAUCGAAGAAUCCGUGAGAAUUAUUACGGGAAAUGCAGUAAACAAAACAUCUAGUUCCAGCAGUCAAACUGUUGUAAAAACACCAACAAUUAAAUCGAAUAUUUCUGCUCGUGGAAAAGCUCCCAAAAAAUCAAAAUUGGGAUUGGGUGCAGUAAAACUUCAAAAGAUUGAUAUCGAAGAAGCCGAGCAAAAAGCCAAGGAUGAAGAAAAACUAAUUAAACAGCAGUCACCGCAAGAUGAAGAAUCGGAUGCACGUGACUAUGAUGAUAACAAUUGGACAUAUAGCUCUCGUCUAGUGUACAACGAUGGUUCACAAUCAUUGGGGGAAAGCAAAGACACUGCCGCAAAACGCCAGAGUGAUGAUCUCGAGAGGCUUGGUAUGGGUGUUUCAAGACUAGGUUUCGGAACCGUGGCUAGUGGUUCUACAUCAAAACAACCUGUAGGAACUUCGUCGAGAUUCGUAGGAUUUGGUUCCACGGGUUCAAACAUUUCAAACAAACAGGAAGAUAACUCCUCUUUAUCCGACCCCGACUUCGCUCGCCAAAAGUUUGGCAACCAAAAAGCUAUUUCAUCCGAUCAAUAUUUCGGUCGAAAUCAGUAUGAUCCUGAUACAUUAUCCGAAUCGUCUGAACGAUUUAAACAAUUUGAAGGUGCUAGUUCUAUAUCCUCAAGUCAGUACUUUGGAAAAGACGAAGAACAACUCUCUCGGCGGGAAAGUUUAGACUUUAGUGGUAUAGAGUUAAACGCACGGGAUUUUGCUCGCAAGUUUAUCGGACAGGCGGCAUCUGAUUAUGAGACCAUAAAAUCGGUCGUCGAACGAGGUGGUGAAAAGUUAAAAGAUUAUAUCUCGGACAUUCAGGUAAUUUUUAUUCUUAGACUCGAUUACAUUUGA